UGCAAAAUCCAACGAUUUCCCGCCAUGUUAACUGUAGCGUCAACAACCCUAUCUCCUUCCCCGUUUCUUUACAUCCAACAAACAAACUCCCAUUUCCUCACCUCUCCAUCCAUUCAUCUCUUCCAAUUUUCACACUCCAACAAAAAAUCCCCCAACAAUUGUCUCUCAAACAAUCGCACCGAAAGGGGCUUAGAUUUCGACAUCGGAGACACCUUCUUCCGCCAUGAAAGCGCCACCGGACGCGACUUGGGUGUCCUCGCCGCCGCGCUCUACCGAAAAUCCAAGGGCCAUCUUCGGAUUCUCGACGCAUUGUGCGGUUGUGGGAUCCGGUCGCUUCGGUACUUGGUCGAGUCCGAGGCUGAUUUUGUGUUGGCGAAUGACGCUAAUGAUGAAAAUCGGAGGGUUAUUGUGAAGAAUCUCUCGAAAGUUGCCGAAAAUUUUGGGGAUAAUCGACGGUGGUUGGUUACUAAUUGUGAUGCGAACAGGGUAAUGACGGAGUUUUACUUGAAGAAGGAUUUCUUUGAUUUUAUUGAUGUUGAUUCCUUUGGAAGUGAUUCGUCGUUUCUGAGACCCGCUAUAAAUGCUUUGAAAUUGGAUGGAUUGCUCUAUGUUACGUCCACGGAUGGUUUCUCUUCCGGCGGACAUCGGCCUUCUCAAUCUUUAGCUGCAUAUGGAGCAUAUAUACGUCCCAUGCCAUUUUCAAAUGAAAUUGGUCUGCGGAUGCUUAUAGGUGGGGUUGCACGUGAAGCUUCUGUACUGGGUUACUAUGCUACUCCACUCUUUUCGUAUUAUUCGUACCAUGGACCUGUUUUCAGAGUCAUGCUACGAAUCAAUCGAGGGAGGAUUUCUAAAAACAGGCAUUAUGGUUUUGUCAGCUAUUGCGAAAAAUGUGGAAAUUCACAAGCUUUUUCAUGGAGUGAGCUUGGACAGAUGAGCUGUCCUUGCAAUGAUUCAAGGGUUUCUGAGUCACUAGUGGUCUCAGGACCUCUUUGGAUUGGACCUCUACACAGUGCAGACUACAUUGAAGACAUAUUAACCUUGGCCAAGCAAUGGGAAUGGAUAGGCAAUGGCCAGGGGAAGGAUCUUGAGAAACUUCUGAUGCAGAUGCUGGAUGAGAGUGACUCCAAACUACCAGUAGGGUACAUCAAAAUGGACGAGGUGGCAAGUCGGGCAAAAGUAAACUCACCUCCCCUCGGUACCAUGAUGAGCGAGAUGAUCAAGGCUGGAUAUGCUGCUAGUAGGUCUCAUAUUGCCUCAAACGCAAUCAAGACUAACUGUCCUAUGGCAGACUGCAUCAGAAUUGCUCAACUGCAGCAAAAUUGUCUUGGUGUGCAUCAAGUCACAUGAAUGUUGUAGCCAUAGCUUGGGGCUAUGGAAACUACAACCCUUCAUACGCAAACAAGAACGAAAUGAAACCAAUGUUUUGGUGACGAGAGACAACCAAGUUAGAUCGAAAAACUUUAACUUUCUGUUGCAUUCUGUCAAAGAUAGACAAGAAAUGAGCACAUACAGACACAAGACAGGGUCACAGAGACACCAUGCCAUUUCAUUUAAAGUGUCGUAUUGAUGCUUUAUAGAAGUAGAUAACUAAAAUGUUUAUAUCAAAUUCAUGCAUAUUAAGUGUAAAUUAAUUAGUUUAUUAUAUGAGCCAGGAUGAGAUCACUGAAGCAGUUGAACUUCGAUUUUGAAGAACGAAAGCUGUGCGGAGCUCAAGUACGGGACUUGAUAAAGAACCUUCCCAGACUUGUUAGCCACAACUCUUUAUUUAUACUUCUUAUAGAGCCAUGAUGUGAUGUGAUGUGAUGUUCUCAUCUUAGGCGCAAAAUGAAAUAUUAAGCUAGAAAGUGCAGGCCAAUAGUAAAAUCUACCUUCUCAGUUUUUAGUUGAACAUUGCUGACAAGACUAACCUAAUAUGUAGGGAUAUAUUAUGAAAUUUUCAAUUUUUGUGUGCAACAGGAAAAGUAACUCAAUCAUAAAUGGCAUAGUCUACCUCCUUGUAGGUUCAAGAUUA